ACUACAAGGUUCACUCCAGGACCCUUUCCUGUCUCCACUCCGCAAAGCAGGCCACGGAAGUGGGAGGAGGAAUUGGAUUCUCCCUUCCUCUUCUCCUCCGUCGAUCUCGAAAUCUUCAUUCCUGUCGUCGUUGGAAGUUCCGUGGAUCACGGGUCGUCGGCAAUGGCGUCGGCGUCGGAGGGGUUUCUGUCUGUGUCGCUAGCUUCGGUUGUCGAAGAUGUCUUGAAGGAGCACGGGACUAGGUUUAGCGAUACCAACUUGGCCUCCAGGAAGGCCGAUGAAGCGGCGGCGAGGAGGAACGAGGCAGCCGAGUGGCUGAGAAUGGUGUUGGGCGUUGUCGCCGCAAAAGGUUUGCCCAACGAGCCUUCGGAGGAAGAGCUUAGGCUUGGAUUGAGGAAUGGGAUAAUCCUCUGUAAUGCUCUGAACAAGGUUCAACCCGGAGCAGUUCCAAAAGUGGUUGCCAAUCCUGGGGAUACAAUUCAACAACCAGAUGGCGCAGCGCUCUCAGCAUAUCAAUAUUUUGAGAACGUGAGGAACUUCCUUGUAUCUGCACAAGAAAUGGGUCUGCCCACCUUUGAGGCAUCUGACCUAGAACAGGGAGGCAAGAGUGCUAGGAUUAUUGAUUGUGUUCUUUCUCUCAAGAGCUAUGCUGGGUGGAAACGAAUGGGUGGUCAUGGUACUUGGAAAUCUAGUGCAAACCUUAAACCAUCCAAUUCAAGCAAGCAUUUGUUGCGGAAAAAUUCAGAGAAUUCAAAGAGUUCAUUGCUAAGAAGUCAAUCUAUGAGUGACAGUGAUCACUUACGAGAUGCGUAUUUAUUCGAUGGGGAUGUCUCUGCUGAAUCAAGUGAAACGAUAACUUCUGGUCCAUUAAAUAUGCUGGUACAUGCUGCUUUAUCAAAUAAGAAGCCUGAAGAACUUCCUAUGCUUGUGGAAUCAUUGUUGAAUAAAGUAAUGGAAGAAUUUGAACAUCGUAUCGUGAGACAAAAUAAAUUGGUUAAUUCAAUUUCGAAGGACAACAACAAUUGCACAUUAAUCAAUAUGAAGGCUUCAAUAGGUCCUUUAUCUUCUGACAAUGGAACAGAGGAAAUUGGAGGAAGAAUUUUCAUAAAUUCAAAAGAACAGGGCUCUAAUAAGAUGUCCAAAGGCGAGAUGUCAAAAGAAAAGAUUUUAAUGCGACAACUGAUUUGCAACCAAGAUAAAGCUAUUCAGGAACUUAAGCAUGCACUCCAAAGUACAAAAGUUGGAAUAGAGGUAAUGCAUAUGAUGUACACUGAUGAAUUUAAUAAACUUGGAGAGAGUGUACAUGGUCUUUCCAAUGCUGCUUCAGGCUAUCACAAUGUUCUUGAGGAGAACAGAAAGUUGUACAAUCAAGUGCAAGAUCUCAAAGGGAGCAUUAGGGUCUAUUGCAGAGUAAGACCCUUCCUAGCAGGACAAUUAAGUAAUAAUUGCAUUGGUUCUUUUGAUGAGGGAAGUAUCUCAAUAAUAACUCCCUCAAAGAAUGGAAAAGAAGGGCGUAGGUCUUUCAACUUCAAUAAAGUAUUUGGUCCAUCUGCAACACAAGAACAAGUAUUUUCCGAUACACAACCUCUAAUCCGUUCCAUUCUUGAUGGUUACAAUGUUUGUAUAUUUGCAUAUGGCCAAACAGGAUCUGGGAAGACUUACACUAUGAGUGGACCCAAGCUUCUUAAUGAGCAAACAUUUGGUGUGAAUUAUAGAGCUUUAAGCGAUCUAUUUAAACUUGCGGAACAAAGAAGGAGUGCAUUUUCUUAUGAGAUUGCUGUUCAAAUGAUUGAGAUAUACAAUGAACAAGUUAGGGAUCUUCUCAAUGAAGGCAUUAACAAAAGAUUAGAAAUUCGGAAUACUUUGGAGAAAGGACUUAAUGUUCCAAAUGCAAACUUAGUACCUGUUGCAUCAACAUCUGAUGUGAUGGCAUUAAUGAACAUCGGACAAAAGAAUCGUGUUGUUGGUUCUACAGCUUUGAAUGAUCGCAGCAGCCGAUCUCAUAGUUGUUUGACUGUUCAUGUUCAAGGAAGAGAUAUGACUUCCGAAACUGUACUCCGUGGAUGCUUACAUCUGGUUGAUCUGGCGGGCAGUGAGAGAGUUGACAAAUCUGAAGUGACAGGAGAAAGGCUAAAAGAAGCACAACAUAUAAACAAAUCACUCUCAGCUUUGGGUGAUGUUAUAUCUGCACUUGCACAAAAGAGCUCACAUGUUCCCUAUAGAAAUAGCAAACUCACACAACUUCUUCAAGACUCUCUUGGUGGUCAAGCAAAGACCUUGAUGUUUGUUCAUAUAAGUCCAGAAAUGGACACUGUCGGGGAAACCCUUAGCACACUUAAAUUUGCAGAACGGGUUUCCACAGUUGAGCUUGGUGCUGCACAAGUGAAUAAAGAAAGCGGAGAAGUUAAAGCACUAAGGCAGCAGAUAGCAAGCUUGAAAGAAGCCCUAGCAAGGAAGGAAACUGAUCACCAGAAUGUAUUACCUAGUCCAGAUCCCAUCCAUAUUGCAACUCCAUCACCUGUACAUCCCAGCCGACAGAGUAGUGGGGCUUAUCUAAGCAGUCAAACUACUCACAGACAACCAAUGGAAGAAGUUAGAAACAUUGAAGUCAGGGGAAAUGUUGUGCUGAGACGUAGAGUUCCAAGUUUUGAUCUUCAAGAUCUAUUGACAACAAAUGACUCUUUUCCUUGGCCUUUAAGUAGUUCGAGAAUGAAUCAUCCUAACAAGGAUGAUAAACAAAUUGUCUACAAUGACUGGGUUGAUAAAGUCAUGGUGAACAAGCAAGACACAGUUGCUACAGAUGGCAAUUCCAUGAUAGAUUGGGAUGGCAGUUAUGGAACAUCACCUGAUAUCUUUUACCAUCAGAGUCUUUCUGAUAUGAGAGUUCAUCCUGAUGAACAGUUUCAUAAAAAAGGCAUCACUGGAAAAGAUAGCAGCUACGAGAUGAAUAGGCAAAGAAAAGAGUCAUUUUAUGCUGCAACUGAUGGUUCAGAUGACCUAGACGUUGCAACUAGUGACUCUUCUGAAGCAGAAAUGCUAUGGCAAUUCAAUCUCCAAAAUGUACAUAACACAUACAAUGAGAGUGGCUCAAAUAUCAAGAAACCUCAAACAAAAACACCAGAUAUAAGGAUUCCAAAUCAAGCAAAAUUAUCAUCUUCCAAGAAAUCAAAUGCGCCUAACCGGAUAGGAAGGCCAACCAAUUCCAGCAGUGCCGUUGACCGAAAACAUCAAUGAACAUUGGUUGGCAAGAUUAUUUGCGACUUGUUCUUUCUAUUAUUCUACGGCUUUCUCAAGUAGAGUUAAUGAAUAGCAAUGAUCCCAGAUGGUGAGUGUAUCACUGGUGUUGUGACAAGGGAUGAAAAUAUAUCACCAUAUUAUGUAUAUUUUUUCAGUCGUGUUUGCGAUUUGUAAAGAAAAAAGGAAGAGCAAAAUAAGGCAAAUUCAAUGAAGUACAACUACAAUCUCAUCAUGUAUAUCGCGAUAGAGUUCUUCCCACAAUGGCAGUGCUUGUAUUCUAUUCUCCAAA